AUGUUGCAUCCCAUGUCAUCUCUGGGUGCAUUGAUGCACCGCUUUUCUAAAACCCUGCAUAACUGCCCAUGGGGCCUCGGUGAAGGGAACCCCAGUCCUGGCACCACCUGUCCUGCCCCUCUACCGGGGCUGCUCCAGCAGCGGCACAGAGGUGAGGAAACCCUGCAAGAGAGGCCCUGGGAAAGGACAGCGUCCCCUCAGAGAAAAACAUUUCUGGGACACCUGAGACGGAGACACGUUGAUCCCGUGGCCCCUUAUCGGGAGAGGGAAGCCGGAGUCUCUUCCUCAGGUGGGAGAGAUCAGAACCGAUUUAGGUGUGAAUGUCAGUACUGCCACAGCCACGGGCCACAUGUGGGUGGGAUGCCUGCGGAGAGGAAGGGGGUCCCACUUCCUCCCUCCCGGGAAAGCCUCCUACAGGGCCUUGUGGGCUUGAGGCGCAGCCUGGGUCCCAGUCGGCCCGGCCUUCCCUCAGAAGGGCCGCUCCAACAGCAGCACGGACAGGACAAGCUCGAACUGGAGGGGCGGCAGGACAGCAAAAGCAUGUUCCAGAGGCUCCUCAAACGGCGGUUGAAGGACAACUGA